UGAAGGAGCGCAACCACCUCUUCUCUUGCAGCGAUGCGCAGCCGUGCCGCAUGACUCACAACGGCAGAAAUGGCACGGAUGUAAACAGGGGGCGGGCUCAGGUAGGCCUAACCUGUACCUGUCCAGCCAAUGGGACGCCGCGUUUCUCUGCCUUCCUCUCCAAUCCCGCGGUUUUCAUUGGUCCUCCGUCGCGUCGAUAUGGUGUAGGAACGAGGCGCAGCUUCGCAAUUACACCGUGGAACGAGGAGAGGGCGAAAAAAUGAUUAAUCUGUCAUCGAAUUUGUGUUCGGGAUGAGACCACUCUGACAUUCAGCCGACCGUAACGAAACCCACAGGCGAACACAAUUAAUGCACAGGAAUUUGAGAUAAAGCCGAUGCACCGCCAUAGCAGGUGGUGCUUGUAUAAUCGUCCAGGGUCUUGUCGCUUGUCUUUGCUGCCUGAUCUGCGCGUCGUUUCAGCACUGGACAGCGACCGGGACCAUCGGACACCGAAAACACCGAGGGAAUCCUGAGGCGGGUCGGUCCGACCCUCGCUUGGCUCGGGGCAAUGCGCGGCUAGAUGACUUCACUACAUCAACAAGCACCGCGGUAUCCUGGACUAAUAUAGUAGCGCCACAUCCUCUCUCUCUCUCUCUCUCUCUCUCUCUCUCUCUCUCUCUCCAUUCUGCUGAUCCCGAGUCCCUCCGUCUAAAGGCACCAUGGGAAACCGUGGCAUGGAGGAACUGAUCCCGCUGGUCAACAGGCUGCAGGAUGCCUUCAGCUCCAUCGGUCAGGCCUGCAACCUGGACCUGCCGCAGAUCGCAGUGGUUGGCGGUCAGAGCGCAGGAAAGAGCUCCGUGCUGGAGAACUUUGUAGGCAGGGACUUUCUGCCACGUGGAUCUGGCAUUGUCACCCGCAGGCCCCUAGUUCUACAGCUCAUCAGUGCCACUGCAGAAUGGGCUGAAUUCCUCCAUUGCAAAGGGAAGAAGUUCACAGACUUUGAUGAGGUUCGCCAAGAAAUCGAGGCCGAGACGGACCGUGUCACGGGGGCCAACAAAGGCAUAUCUCCUGUCCCCAUCAACCUGCGGGUUUACUCCCCACACGUGCUGAAUCUCACGCUCAUUGACCUGCCGGGAAUCACUAAGGUGCCGGUUGGAGACCAGCCUGUUGACAUCGAGCAACAGAUCAGGGACAUGAUCAUGCAAUUCAUCACCAGAGAGAGCUGCUUGAUCCUGGCCGUCACUCCGGCAAACACUGACCUGGCCAAUUCCGACGCUCUUAAACUGGCAAAGGAUGUUGAUCCACAGGGUCUGAGGACUAUUGGAGUAAUCACCAAACUGGAUUUAAUGGACGAGGGCACAGAUGCCCGAGAUGUACUGGAGAACAAGUUGCUUCCACUGCGAAGAGGUUACAUUGGAGUGGUGAAUCGCAGUCAGAAGGACAUUGAUGGCAAGAAAGAUAUCAAGGCGGCUUUGGAGGCUGAGAGGAAGUUCUUCUUGUCCCACGCAUCAUACAGGCACAUGGCUGAUAAAAUGGGCACCCCACGCCUGCAGAAAGUGCUCAACGAGCAAUUGACCAACCACAUCCGGGAUACCCUGCCAGCUUUUCGCAGCAAGCUGCAGUCCCAGCUGUUGGCUCUGGACAAGGAGGCUGAGGAAUACCGGGGAUACCGACCUGAUGACCCAUCCCGCAAAACCAAGCAGCUGUUGCAGAUGGUGCAGCAGUUCUCUGUGGACUUUGAGAAAAGGAUCGAAGGUUCAGGAGAUCAGGUGGACACAGUGGAGCUGUCUGGUGGAGCAAAGAUCAACCGCAUCUUCCAUGAGCGUUUCCCCUUUGAACUGGUCAAGAUGGAGUGUGACGAGAAAGAGAUGCGUCGCGAGAUCAGUUAUGCCAUAAAGAACAUCCACGGAAUCAGGACCGGACUUUUCACCCCAGACAUGGCGUUUGAGGCCAUUGUGAAGAAGCAGGUCAUAAAGCUGAAGGAGCCCUGUGUCAAGUGUGUGGACAUGGUCAUCCAGGAGCUAAUUAACACCGUGCGCCAGUGCUCCAACAAGCUGGAGUGCUUCCCCAGGCUACGUGAGGAAACUGAGAGAAUUGUAACUUCUCACAUCCGAGACAGAGAGAGUCGGGCCAAAGACCAGGUUCUGCUGUUGAUAGACAUCCAGCUCUCUUACAUCAACACUAACCACGAAGACUUCAUUGGCUUUGCUAAUGCACAGCAGAGGAGCAGUCAGACUAAUAAGAGCCAGAGUUCAGCAGGAAAUCAGGUCAUUCGCAAAGGCUGGUUGACCAUUAACAACAUCAGUAUCAUGAAGGGAGGAGCCAAGGAGUACUGGUUUGUGCUGACUGCUGAGAGCCUCUCCUGGUUCAAGGAUGAUGAGGAGAAAGAGAAGAAGUACAUGCUCCCUCUGGACAACCUGAAGGUCCGCGAUGUGGAGAAGAGUUUCAUGUCCAGCAAGCACAUAUUCUGUAUUUUCAACACGGAGUCAAGGAAUGUGUACAAGGACAAUCGCACUCUGGAGUUGGCCUGUGACUCUCAGGAUGAUGUGGACAGCUGGAAAUCUUCUCUCCUACGUGCCGGGGUCUAUCCUGAGAAGACCGUUACGGUUGAGAGUGAGACCACCACCACCACAGACAACUUCUCCAUGGACCCUCAGCUGGAGCGUAAAGUAGAAACCAUCCGUAACUUGGUGGACUCCUACAUGGCUAUUGUCAACAAGUGCAUUCGUGACCUCAUGCCCAAGACCAUAAUGCAUCUCAUGAUUAACAACGUGAAGGACUUCAUCAAUGCAGAGCUGUUGGCCCAGCUGUACUCUGCUGGUGACCAGAACUCCCUGAUGGACGAGUCCCAGGAGCAGGCCCAGAGGAGGGAUGAGGUGCUGAGAACCCACCAGGCCCUGAAGGAGGCCCUGGGCAUCAUCGGUGAUAUCUCCACGUCCACCAUUACUGUCCCCAUGCCUCCGCCUGUUGACACCUCCUGGAUGGGAGGAUCCAGUGGUGGUCGGAGGUCUCCUCCACCCAGCCCCACUGCCCCUAGAAGGAUGUCUUCAGGCCAACGCCCAGCUCCCCGAGGGGCCCCGCCACCACCGAACCGUCCAGGACCCUUGGGGCCUUUCAAUAACAGUGCUGAUAGCCCUCAGGCUCCCAGCCGCCCUAACAGGGCCCCUCCUAGCAUCCCUAGCCGGCGGCCCCCGCCAUCUCCUACAAGACAAGCCCCACCAUAACCAUGUAAACGGGUUCCUCAUACACUUAUCUCCCUCCCCCAUCCACUUCAUCCUUCCUCUCUUAGCCAUGGCUCUGCUGUCCUGGUCUCUCCUUAGUGCAGCCACUGACGUCUUUGACCCCUUGACCCUCGAUUUCCUGCCAGGUGAAGAUGUCCAUAUAUCUAUGUACAGUAUGGUACUUGUCUUGUGCAGUAUGUGUAUGUGUGCUUGUUGCUCGCCUUUGGUCCAGGUUUGCUUAGCAGAUCCACUACCUAAUAUCAGUCCCUGGAACCUCUUAAAACCCCCCCCACAAACCCCUCACCAAAUCAGCCACUACCCCCACUUGCUGCUUCUACAUAAAAUACGCUCAGCAGUCGUACUGCCCUACUCAUUCCAAAAUGCAGCAUGGCACAUAAGCUGCUUUUAUUGCAUGGGAGUGCGUGUAUGUAGCGUGUGUGCGUGCGUGGGUUUUGUGUGUAUGUAUACAGGGGAGGGACUAAUUUGCCUAUAUGUAGGCUGAGUUUGAUUUAGUAUUGUAUUAAUUUAUUGUAUAAUGCCCCCCUGUGCAGAGUUUAAGAUUAAGUGUUAAUUAUCAGCUUAAUGUUCUCUUAGGAACACAAGUUGUAUCUUAGUAUGUGUGUGUACGAGCGUGCGUGUUUGCGUGCGAGUAAUUCUGUUUAUGUUUGUAAGAGAGCGUGUGAGGAAACGUGUGCAUGUAUUGUCCGUCUGCACGUUUGUUGGCGUUUCAGUUGUAUUUGUUUUCUUGGUCAAAGCUGUUAACGAUGAAUCAUAAAACCCUUGGGGGUAAAUUUCAUGUUGGACUUUUGUGAGUUGUUCCUGUGUUGUAGUAGCAGUCAUACACACAUAGCAAGGCUGAGGAGCACCUUCAGUAUUCUCUAUAUGGAAACAGCCUCAAUAAUGCAUUUAACCCUGUCAUAGGUGUCUACCUGUGCUGUAUCAAUGGUCAAGUUGUGACCCUUGCAGCCUUAAGCUCAGAUUCAGAUGCUGACUGAUGAGAUGGAACUCAAAGAAUUCAACAAAUAACAUGGCAAAACACAAGUUCCUUCUUGAAUGAACAAAGAACAUGCAUUUACAUGUUUCCAUUUAGCCUUUUUCUCAGGUUUGAAACAUGCAACUCCAUGCACAUCACAAACUAGCACUCUUUCUCUUUUUUCAACCCUUCUAGCCUCUUUCAUGUCCUCUUCUCUCACUCAAGCCAGUCAGUGAGUCGGCAUCUGUGUCAGAGCUUAAGGUGGUAUUGUCAAUGUUCAAGUGCUUCUCUGUCAGUUUGUUAUUGUGUAUGUGGGCCUAAACUGUGUUCUGGUGUAUAAAAUGAUAAGGAGAUACUGUUCAUGUGGACUAUAAAGACCUCAUCAAGGAUCCUAGCGCUUUAAUCGUUCUCUGUGUCUCUAUUCACUAAAUGCUCUCUUCUCUCUAAUUUAGACUGCCUUACUGGCAUGGAUUACAAUUCUGUAUUGCCAAAGCUAAAUGUUGAAAGAGAAUUGGGAAGUUGAAAAAAAAUUAAAUCUGCUGAAGACCAAUAAUGAAAUGAUUCCAGUUGUAGUGAGAUAGCAUUGUUUAGCAGAGGGCAUAAUGUUAAAAUGGGGAAUUGCAUCAGUUGUUAUUUUCCGUGUCUCUGUAUCGCUCCUCAAUAAACUUCUUCCUCACAAUGUC